GUCUUAUUAGCCAUCCAGGCUUUUAAAAAUAGAGAUAUUAGUUCUAUUUCUCUUACUAUACGUACCUUUAAUAUCCCACGUUCGACUCUUCGCCGCCGCCUAAGUGUACGAGAAAUAGCGAAUCUUCUCCUCGAAAAGCGUAGAACUACCCUAUAUCCUUUUCUCUCCUCCCGAUUCUCGAAGCGGUAUAAUUAUAAGUGUACGAAAUAUAAAGACCCUAAGAUUAUUACUAAGAUUAACCCUAAUAAUAUCUAUAACUUUAAUAAGACUAGUUUUAUAAUAGGCUUAAUAGUAACUAUAAAGGUUAUUAUAAGGAUUAGCGAUCACUUUUAUAACCUAGAAAUUGUAAAGUCUUUAUUAAAUCCUAGUUUAAUAGUCUUCCGGAUAAUUAGUGUUUUAAAUGGAAGUAGUGGAAGCACCUAUACCCCCACCGCGAAGAAGCGCUUCGCCGGCUUUAUAACUAUAUAUACGGGCCCUACUAAGGGUAGGCUUUUAUUAGCUAUCUGGGCUAUUAAAAAGCAAGAAAUUCGCACUAUUUCAGCCGCUACCUAUACUUUUAAUAUACCCUGCUCUACCCUACACGAUCGUCUUAAUAGCUAUACCGAACAAAGUACUAUACGCAGUAGCCCCCUAGCCCUCUAUAGUACGAGAAAUAGUGGAUCUUCUUCUCUAAAAGUGUAG